UAUCUACAUAGUAUAAUUUUGCAAGGAAGAGGGUGCAAUUAACUCCCUUUGCACACCUCUGGCUCCACUCCUGUCUGAGGCAAUGUUAAUAUAUCAUCAUUUAUAAAAAGUUUUUGUAAAUAUAACAUAAGCCUUUUCUUUCGAGUUGAGGGCUUACCUGUAAGGUCUACGUACAUCCUGCCAUCUCCAGACCGCACUUAUAUUUGUGGGACUACAUUUGAUAUGUUAUCGCCAAAAAAGUAGAUAUUCCGAUUUAAUUUUUUAUCAUAAAUGGGAGGUAGGAAGUCCGAAAUUUAGAAAAAUUAUAACUAUCACUUUCACGUAAAGAAUCAGCAAAUAAACGUGUCCAUCUUCUUUUUCUCUGCAGUCUUAUUCCUCAUCAAUCAAUAUAGCAUCCAUUAUCUUUUUACUAAAAUAUCAAUAUAAUCCGAAUCUAAUUACUAGUACUCUAUGUGUUAUAGACGGUUAUUAAACGGAACAUUAUUAUUAUUAUUAUCAAGCCGAAAGUUGCUGGAUACUCAAUUCUAAGAUAUGAGUUUUCUUUAAUUUUGUUUUAUUUGUGGAGUUUAUGUUUACUUGAUAUAAAUAAUUUAUUUAUUUUGUCAUGUCAGAUUUUCUUAUGCCAAACAAAUUCGACUGAUUUUAUAUAUACAAAAUAAAGUUAAAUAACUUUACAAUAUAAUUUUUCAUAAUCGAGUGACCUUUUGUGAUAUUUACUCCAAUAUAGCAUCCAACGAACCAUCAUUCUCUUUGACUAAAAUAUCAAUAAAAUCCGAAUCUAAUUACUAUUAUACGUGCUAUAGACGGUUUCUGUAUAGAACAUCGUCAUUAUUAUUAUUACCAAAGCACAUAUUGCAUAGAGACUUUAUUUUUCUUCACAAUUCUGCAUAUAGAAGACUAAAAAAUAACAGUAAUAAUGUGUUGUGGAGAUAGUUGUAGGCCAUUGGCCUUUCUUUUAGGCCUACCUUUUGCUUUGCUUUCACUUAUCGUCUCUCUCGUUGGCAUCAUCAUCUGGAUAGUCGGGUUGACGUUGAGUUGCAUAUGUCCCUGUUGUCUCUGUGUAACUGUGAUGAUUGAAUUAGCUCUGGAGUUAAUAAAAGCCCCAAUUCACGUUAUGCAGUGGUUCACUGAUCAAAUCCCUUGUUGAGGCUUUUUCAUUCUUCAUAAUUUCUCUUAUAUAAUUCUAAAAGGUUAAUGUUGUUGUUGAUUAAUGUAAAGCUUCUUUAAUCUCUUUAAUGCAUGUAAAAGUUUCAGAAGAUUUUCUUUUGUACUUUGUUAUUACUUAUUUGUUGUCUAAUAUAUGCUUUAAUUUGCUUAGUUUUUGAGUUA